AUGGCUCCAAAGAAGCCCGAACCCAAGAAGGCCGAACCUAAGAAGGAAGAACCCAAACCAGCACCUAAACCAGCAGAACCAGAACCCAAAAAAGAAGUUGAAUUUAACCCAGCUUCUAUCAAAGUUGAAUUCACCCCUGAUCAGAUUGAAGAAUUUAAGGAAGCCUUCUCACUCUUCGACCGGACUCCUAAAUCUGAGAUGAAAAUCACAUAUGCACAAUGUGGAGAUGUCUUGAGAGCUUUGGGGCAGAACCCAACCCAGGCUGAGGUCAUGAAAGUGCUUGGCAGACCCAAACCAGAAGACAUGAACUCCAAGAUGAUCGACUUUGAGACCUUUCUGCCCAUGCUCCAGCAUAUUGCCAAGACGAAAGACACGGGUACCUACGAGGACUUCGUGGAGGGUCUGCGCGUGUUCGACAAGGAGGGAAACGGAACGGUGAUGGGAGCUGAACUCCGCCACGUUUUGGCUACACUGGGUGAGAGGUUGACUGAAGAGGAAGUUGAUAAGCUAAUGGCUGGUCAGGAAGAUGCCAAUGGCUGUAUCAACUAUGAAGCUUUCGUGAAGCAUAUAAUGGCUAACUGA